UAUCGGAGACUGGUGUGCGAUAAUACGACCUAAGUAAUUUAUGUUUCUUUCUUUCAUACAUGCUUUCCCUUGUUAUCUUCGCGGGUUCUUUAUCUUUCCAGGAGCAGCACCGCACACCGACUAAUGGACUCGAAUAGAGUACAGCCAAUGUAAUCUUCUUUGUCCCAUUUGCUAUCGUGGGAACGAGAUGGUUUAUGCCCUGGUAUAAGAGUCCCUGGCAAAACGGAUUUCGCCAAGUUGGAAAUCAUGCAAGCUUACAACAUAUCGGAAUUCCAGCACGUAUUCUUCCAAGAUGUAUACCAAGAAAGAGACAGCUAUGCGGAUCUGGGGGGCCGAGAAUCACAGUGAGGCUUUUGAAAAGUUUUGCGACAAUAAGGAUUAUUUAGAAAAUGAAGACAAGAAAUGGGAGAAAUCUGUCUCAAUGAAGUUCCCUUACUACUCUUCCGAUCCUCUCCCCAGUCCGCUUCCAACAGUAGAGGAGAUAGAGGCAGCAAGAUUCACUGAACUCGAACUAUCCAAGGACCUCCCAUGCGCUAGCCACGUUUUCAAGAUUCGAGACUACGCUGUCAAAAUCUGCAGCUACCCAGGACCGCUACAGGAAGCAGAGAACAUGGUAUUCCUAGAGAAAAACUGUCCCGGUUUAAAGAUACCCAAAGUAUACGCAGCCUACAAGAACCAAGGGGGCGACUUCAAUCUCUAUCUAAAAAGGUACCCGAAAGAGUACCCGGACCGAUCCACUUUGUCCCCGACAUAUUUACUCGUCACCUCAUAUGCGGAUGGUCCAUCCUGCUACACGCCGGUCUGGCAAUCCCUAUCCCAAACAGCGAGGAACAACAUACUGCGAAAACUAGGAGAACAGAUGCGGCUCUUACGAAGCGUUCCCCCGCCCAACCCCCAAUACUACGGCCGUAUCCACAGUCAGGGUUUCCCCAAGGACGAUUAUGUCUUCUUAGGGGGGAUACAAGACCUCACAACUGCUUGGAACGGACCGUUUUACAGCCACAAAGACUUUGCGGGGCAAAUCAUGGAGGCUGGUUUGGCAUGGGCGUGUGUGCAGCAUGGCGAAUUCAACGGCGAGUUGCAACUGCUUCUCGAGACCUACGAGGACGUCAUGUCGCGUGCCAGCGGACAGAAUGCGAUACUGUACCACGGGGAUCUGCAACUGCAUAACAUCAUCGCCAUCGAGAACAAGGAUGACAAGGAUGACCCUGACAUCUGUAUAAUAGACUGGGCAACCAUGGGGUGGAUGCCGGCAUACAUGGAGACGGUACGAACCUUGUGUCGAGGCAAGGCGUCGGUUUCCAUGACGCUUGAUCACAACACGUACCUAUACGAGUUGCACAAAGGCGAUGGCCAGGCGCAUUUGGAGACGGCGUUUUACCUGACUAAUUUUUUGGCGGCGGCGAAUAUCUCCAUGUAG